AUGGAACAACUUCGAGAGUUGGUGUUGGGAUUAAUGUGCGUGUUUGUCAUUAUCACUACGGUUCGGUGUCAACUUCUUCCGACAUUUGAAAUACCGAAAUUCCCCUCGGACGGACACACCUUCAAUAAAAUCGAUCUUGAAGAUGGCAGACUGCUGCUGACCCCAUAUAUCGAAGCCGGCCUGCAGUCGACUGCCAGGAAAUUGGCCAAAGUCGACAGGGGCUUAUUUCUCAACACGACAAGUUAUGCUGGAUACCUGACAGUUGAUGAGGAACGAGAUUCGAAUCUAUUCUUCUGGUUCUUCCCAGCCGAAGGGUCACAACGUAUGUUGGCUGCGAGCGGCGAAAAUGACCUCGACGAUGAAGCGGAUGCAGGCGAGACUGAGGACACUGACUUCGAUCAUGAAUAUCUGAAGAAGCUGUCAGCUAAUGAAACCACCAACUAUGCAUACGAUGAAAAACCUGUUGUUUUGUGGCUGCAGGGCGGACCAGGAAUAUCAUCGCUUAUGGCGUUAUUCACAGAAAAUGGACCUUUCUUUGUGGACGGCACAAAAUUAAAAGAUAAUCCCUAUUCGUGGCACAAGAAGUAUCACAUGCUGUAUAUUGAUAAUCCAGUUGGGACGGGAUUUAGUUUUACGGGUACGGAUGGAUAUUGUGAGAAUAUAUCGGGAGUGGCUCGGCAUUUGUAUAUUGGAUUGGUGCAGUUCUUCAAAUUGUUUCCAUCGUUGCAGACGAAUAGUUUUUAUAUUGCGGGUGAAUCAUUUGCUGGGAAAUAUAUUCCUGCGAUAGCGGAUGUGAUUUAUGAACAGAAUGGAAUACCCCAGAAUUAUUUGAAGAUAAACUUGAAGGGUCUUGCUCUGGGAAAUGCCUUUUCAGAUCCUUACAACAUGGUGGACUACUCAGACUUUGCAUACCAAUUGGGUUUGAUAGGUCGAAAGGGUCAUCAAGAAAUGAAGCUAACAGAGAGUCUUAUUCGAGCGUAUAUUGAUCAACCGAAGUUGGCCAAAGCUUAUUGGGAUUCAACCCUGCAUCUUUUCACUGUUCAUAGCAACUAUAGUAAUCUCUACAAUAUUGGAGAACCUAAAUCAAUGGAUCUAUUCCCGUAUAAAGCCUUUAUUGAUCAACCUCAAGUUCGAGAGGCUUUACACGUCGGUGGUCAUCCAUUUUCAGGACCAAACACUGUCUAUACGCAUCUCCUCAAUGAUUUCAUGACAACAGCAAUGCACUGGACCGAACGACUCCUUAACGCCGGACUUCGUAUCAUGUACUACAAUGGUAAUUGGGACUUCAUUGUGGCAUAUCCUUUGUCAGAAAACUCCUUCCACAAGAUGCAAUGGUCUGGCGCUGAUGAAUACAAAUCAGCUCCACGUCGACCUUUCACGGUCAAUGGAAAGCUCCAUGGCUACGUAACUAAGGCUAGAAAUUUCUACGAGGUUUCAAUGCUUAACUCAGGACACAUGGUACCAACAGAUCAGCCAAUAGCUUGCUUGACUUUGAUUGAUAGAUUUUUUACAAACAAGUUGUAGAGUAAAAUGAAAUACAAAAUAUGAAAUGCA